AUGCCCAACACUGGUAAACCCAGCCAAGGCUGCCAACUGUGUCGCCAGCGCCGUGUCAAGGUUCAAUCUGCUUUUGCUAGCUUGCCCAUGCCCGUUUGUGAUCUUCAGCGACCAGAAUGUCAGAGAUGCAUCAAGUAUGGCGUUGCAUGUCCGGGAUAUCGCGACCAGCAGGAGCUUAUGUUCCGGAAUGCCAACGCUGCAACCAUUGAGAAGCGGAAGAAUAGAUCCAUGCAGGCCGCUCAUCACGCAUCAUCAAGUUCUGACCCCUCGGACCAAUUGACCGUUCAUGAUGUUAAAAUGGCUACGGCUGUUACUGCUGUGGCCCAGCCAGCACACGUCAGGACCAUCUACGAGCACUGGAGUCUCUACUCAGUGCCUAUUGUCCUCGACAUCUGUCCUGCGCUUGAGCUCCUCGCAGACAUGUAUCAUGAUACUUUGUCCCAGAAUCACUUAUCAGAUAGCCCCCUUGUGUGGGUAUCUCACCUCUUUUCGCGCACGUAUACCGCCAAUCUGCGUCACCCAGUUUCAUGUCGUCGGGGUUCCGAACUGGAGACCCAACGAGAACUCAGUAAUUAUCUGACGAAGACACUCCGUGCGGUUCGUCAUGCUCUGCAAACUCGCGAAGGCGUGCUCAGAGAUGACAUUCUCCUCACUGUCUGGAUGCUCACGAAUUAUGAGAUAAUGGUCGGUUCUCUGCGACGGGAGCAAGCUCAGAGUCCAUGGCAUCUUCACUCUCGCGGUCUUUACAGUAUCUUGAAGGCCAGAGGGACAACGCCUCUGUAUACUGCACGUGGACGAGCAGUGUUUUGGUUAGCCUUUAUCACGGUACAAAUCGGUGCCCUCUCCCUAAACUCCGAGUGUCCCCCCGAAUCAGAAGAAUGGCUCGGCGUCAUUAAAAGUGUUACGGACACAAGCAAAAGCUACAUUUACCAUGUUUCCCUCUUCAUCGUUAGGACCUGUGCAGUCGCCAGCAAAAUCCUGAAAAUCCUUAAUUCCCACGACUUUUCGGCUGCAUCGCGUGACUACAACCGUUUGGUGGCAGAGUUUACGACUGCCGAGCAAAACUAUGAUGCAUUCCUCAUGGCCAACCCCAUUCCUGCCUCCCUUGCCCCUCCUGUACUGAAUUUCCAACGAUCAGGUGUGAUCAAAGGCCAUCGUUUCCUACAUCUUCUUGCCAAUUUUCUCACCCAUGACCCGGCCCAACGAUUCUCUCUGCCCAACCUCGAGGCACAACGAAACUAUUCUGUGCGAAAAAUACGAGUUGCGGCACAGGAUAUCCUUAAUAGUGUGCCUGUCUGUAUCAACCAUUUUAGUCGAAAUGGAGAACAGUCGCCGAAACUAGUUUCUGAUGCCCUCAGGCUCAUAUGGCCACUGACAACAAUUUGUAUCUUCAAACCGACACUACCAGCGCAAAAGAAAGAAGCGGCGAGAAUACUGGAUUUUAUCGGCAAAGAAAUCGGCGUACGACAGGCGUUUGACAGAGACCCUGCGCCGAGGUAUCUCCCAGAAGAAGCGACAAGCUCGCUUCUUCUCACGGAAUCAGAGAGCACCGAGCUGUGA